CCGCCGGCGCACGGCCAGGCACGGCGGGCAGCGGGGAGAGGCGCCGCCCCCGGGGACGCGCCGGGGCCGGGCCGGGGUCCGUCCGGAGCCACCGCCGCGCCGCCCCCGGGGCUGCGGCUCUGCCCGCGCCGCCGCCGCCGCGCCAUGGGCUGCCCGGGAGCCGGAGCCGAGCGAGGAGCCGAGGCCGUCUGUGCCGGACACUUUGCCAUUUAAACAUCCCCGGUCUCGGAUGCCACAGCAGACCCAGAUGUCGGUGCAGACCCAGACCUGCAGAACGGUGCACGGGAGAAUGAUAGUGAGUCCGUAAGACCAUGCUCCACACAAUGACAUGUUGGCUCCCGGUCCUGGUCCUCCACCUGGUCCUCCUGAGCCCCCCGCGGGCGGCUGCCUGCCCUGCCCGCUGCGAGUGCGCCCCGCAGAUCAAGUCUGUGGUGUGUCACCGCAAGCGGCUCACCUCCAUCCCCGAGGGCAUCCCCACCGAGACCAAGAUCCUGGAGCUCAACAAGAACCGCAUCCGCUGCCUGAACCCUGGGGACCUCUCCCCAUAUCCACUGCUGGAGGAGCUGGAUUUCAGUGAGAACAUCAUCUCCAAUGUGGAGCCGGGCGCUUUCAGCAACCUGUUCAACCUGCAGACCUUGCGGCUGCGGGGGAACCAGCUCAAGCUCAUCCCUCCAGGGGUCUUCACCAAACUGACCAACCUCACCCUCCUGGACAUCAGCGAGAACAAACUCGUCAUCCUGCUGGACUACAUGUUCCAGGACCUGCGCAACCUGAAGAGCCUGGAGGUGGGCGAUAACGACUUGGUGUACAUCUCCCAACGGGCCUUCUCGGGGCUGCUCGGCCUGGAGCAGCUGACCAUCGAGAAGUGCAACCUGACCUCCAUCUCGGCCGAGUCUCUCUCCUACCUCCAGAACCUGGAGGUGCUGCGGCUCCGGCACCUCAGCAUCUCCGCGCUGGAGGACCAAAACUUCAAGAAGCUCUACAACCUCCUGCAGCUGGAGAUCGACAACUGGCCGCUGCUGGAAGACAUCUCCCCCACCAGCUUCCAGGGCCUGAACCUCACCUCGCUCUCCAUCACCUACACCAACAUCACAGCCGUGCCCGCCGCUGCCUUGAGGAACCUGGUGUACCUCCGGUACCUGAACCUGUCCUACAACCCCAUUAGCACUGUGCUCAAGGGCUCCUUUAAAGACCUCAUCCGGCUCCAGGAGCUCCACAUCGUGGGUGCUCUCUUGGCGUCUGUGGAGCCGCAGGCUUUCUCUGGCCUGAGACAAAUCCGGCUGCUCAACCUCUCCGGCAACUUCCUCUCCACGCUGGAGGAGAGCACCUUCCACUCCGUCAACACGCUGGAGACGCUGCGGGUGGACAGGAACCCUCUGGCCUGUGACUGCCGCCUCCUCUGGAUCCUGCAGCGACGGAAGACGCUCAACUUCGACGGGCAGCAGCCCAUGUGCUCCUCACCACCUGAAAUCCAGGGCAAUGCCCUGCGUGACUUCCCGGACUCCGUGCUCUUCGAGUACUUCACCUGCCAGAAGCCCAAGAUAAGGGAUCGGAAGCUGCAGCACGUGACAGCCCGGGAAGGGCAGUCCGUGUCCUUCCUUUGCCGGGCGGAUGGGGAGCCAGACCCCUCCAUCGCCUGGGUGUCCCCCCAGCACCGCAUGAUCACCACCCGCAGCACGGGGCGAGCGACCGUGCUGCCCGGGGGCACCCUGGAGAUCCGCUUCGCCCAGGUCCAGGACAGCGGCACCUACAUCUGCAUCGCCAGCAACGCAGGGGGCAACGACACCUACUUCGCCACCCUGACGGUCAAGGGGCACCCAGCCGACAGAUCCCACUACGCAAACCGGACUUUGUACCUCAGUGAGUUCAACGACACCUUCCACAAUGACACACAGGUCUUCUUGAAGUUUACCUUGGACCUCAAGACCAUCCUGGUCUCCACAGCCAUGGGCUGCAUCACCUUCUUGGGCGUGGUGCUCUUCUGCUUCCUCCUCCUCUUCGUCUGGAGCCGGGGCCGAGGGCAGCACAAGAACAACUUCUCGGUGGAGUACUCCUUCCGCAAGGUGGACGGUCCCACCACCACCACCGGCCAAGGAGGAGCCAGGAAGUUCAACAUGAAGAUGAUCUGAACCUCUCCCAGAGGAGAACAGUUGUCUGCUGCCCGGCCCUGGGCACGGCCGCAGCGGGACGGGGCCGGAGGGGGGUGUGUGGGAGCACCGGCAACGUCCCAGGGCUGGCGGCAGGACCUCGCUGCGCUGGGACGCGGCCGGAGACGUGCCGAAGGCCGGAGGGGUCGGCGCCUCAUGGACCUUGGGGUCAGGGAGCGAUGACCCUGGCUGUCCCAGCCCCGCGGUGCGUCCUCGGGGCACCGUGGCUCAGGGCUGUCCCAGCUCCAGGGGCUCCCGAUGUAGCCGACGUUUUUGCAACCAACUAUGCAUUUCUCUAGCCAAGAGAUCAGCAGCGUUUGGGCCUGGGAAAAACAACUGCUUCCUUUUUUUUUUCCCCCCUUUCCCCUUUUUUUUUUAAAAAGACUCUCCAGAAAACUUUCUUGGUGGUUGUUUACGGUUCUUCUCUUUUCUUGUUGUUGGGGGUUUUUUUGGUUGGUUUUUUUUUUUUUUUUUUUUGGUCCAACGAUUCCUUUUUAAUGAAUUUCCAAGAGAAAAGUCUUCCGGGGCGAUGCGGGACUGGGGAGCCAGGGGAGGUUGUGCCAAGCUGGGGGGGGCUCCGCCAGUCCCUCAGCAAAGCCGGACCCCCGGGGGCACGGCCGUGCCUUGAGACCUUCCCAUCGGCAGAUUUAAGAGGUGGCAUCUGCAAACACGGGUGCCUGGGGACACUCCUGCACAAGCAAUAAUAACCCGCCCGAGGCUGAGCUCUGAGGAAGUGUCGGCAAGGAAAAAAAAUAAACGGGGGGGGUGGGAAAAAAAAAAAAGGCAAAAUGAGGCCAAGGUCAUUAAAAUCAGGAGGAGCAGCCCCAGGGCGAUGCAAGGCCCCGUCUUUGCAUCCACCCAAAGCGCUGCGGGAGCAGCGGGAUCGAAGGGGUGGGGAGUCAGGAUUCGUACAGGUCCAAAAGUCACUUUUGGGUCAGUUUUCUUUGGUUUGCAAAGUCAAGUCUGCAGGAGAGCAGGAGCUGGCUCGUCCUGCACAGGGAGGCUGUACAGCCCGGCAGAGAGGAGGAGCGAAAGGCUUGGGACGAGCACCUCGGGAACUGACGGCAAAAGCCUGGCCGGCUGGCACCUCCGCCGUGUCUGCCCGGAUCCUGCACCCUCCGGCGCUGGGGACCGCGGGUCGGUGUCCGCAGGCUCCACUCCCUGCUUCCCCUCCCACCCCUGCGCGGGGCACCGCUGGCUUCGGCUGGGGGCGUAGGGCUUUGGGUGGGAGAAGGAGCAGAGCUGGCACAGAUGGAAGGGAAGAGCCUGGAUGGGACCUGGAUGGGCCAGGGAGCCCAUUGCUUCCUCCUCCUCCUCCUCCCGUGUUCACCCCCAGGGAUUGCUGCAGCUCCCACCUCUGUCCCCGUUCCUGCGGGAACGUCCCCCCACCUGGAUGUCCCUUCUCUAGCCGGUCGGGGCACACUCGCUGUGGGAGCAAUAGAAGGCAGCUGCCCGUCUCCUGCCAGGCGUCCCAUGCCUUCGGGGAGCAGGAGCUCCGAGGGGUCGGGACUGCGCCCCCCCCCCCCAUCCCCAUGAGCUUUGCUGCGUGGGGCGCAGGUGAGAGCGGCUGCUCGGGUUGUCCCCUGCACCCCGUCCUGCGCUCGCACCCAUGGGCGUCGGGUGCCCUCUGAGCCCCGGGGGGGGAGAGGGACGGCGGAGCCAGCGGGCUCAGCACCCUGCCCUCCUCCCCAAGGAGCUCCCCGGGCUGCAGCCGGUCACUGCCAGGAUGCGACCCCGACGCGGGGGGUGCGGUGCCCAUCUCUCCCCAUCCAUCCCCCACCUUGGGUCUGGCCGGUGUCCCCUCGCUCCCAGAGCCGUGCAUGCCGUGACGUACCAGGGGUCCCGCCGGCGUCACCCACGCGCCCUUGUUCGGUGUCUGGGGGUUUUUUUACCGGGGGGGGGGAUGGGGAGCAGGGCGGGCACGGACCCUCGCAGCCGGGAGCAAAGGCGCGUUUGGGCAGUGCAGACCUGGCACGGUUUUAUAUGUAACGAGCAUGUGAAAUGUAUUUGCGGGGGGAAAGGAAAAAAAAAAAAAAAAAAAGAGGG